AUGGGCGGUUUGGAUAGAAUCAGCGAUUUACCGGAAAGUUUGCUAGCUGAAAUUCUCUCUCACCUUCCCACCAAAGUCUCCGUUAAGACAAGCCUUAUGUCGAAGAGAUGGGGAUCUCUCUGGCGUAGGGUUCCUGGACUUGAAGUAACGCUUGAUGAUUUCCGCGGCGACGGCCAAGCCAUGGAUAGCUUCGUCAACAAAUUUCUGGAGUCUAACAAAGACUCACGAAUGAAAAAGUUCAAGAUACAAUCCAUGCAAUGCAAUAAUGACCGGCUCAUGGAGUGGAUUGAUACAGCAGUUGCUCACGGAGUUCAAGAGUUAUACGUUGAGACUACAAAUGCUCUUUAUCCAACUCAGGAAAGUUUCGAGAUCAACACAUUGAUCUCUUUAAAGCUCAUGUGUGUAGGACUCAAGAUCAUGCAUAUGGAAGACGUUUGGUAUGAAUAUGAUCCUUUGAUCGUAGAGAAGAUUAUCUCCAGUUGUCAAACACUCGAAGAUCUUACAAUGAUUAGUCGCAAGACUAUGCCUGCCGGUUUGUUUAGUACAAUUGAUGAGAAGAAUACGUGUGUGAGGUCUCAGACUCUGAAAAGAUUUCGUCUCAUAUUUGAGAAUACUUGGGGUGGUACAAAUUUUUAUGUUGAGAUUGAUGCACCAAGACUUGAGUAUCUGUGUAUUAGAGAUUAUCAAUCUGAUAGGAUUGUGGUGAAGAACUUGAGCUCCUUGUCGAUGGUCGACAUCGAUACUAAUUUUAGUGUCACUCUCGAGAUUGAUAUGAUCUUCUCAAACAAGAGAGAUACAAUCAAAGAUUUUUUCGCCGGUAUUUCUGGUGUAAAGUAUAUGAUCAUCUCACAUGCUACUCUUGAGGUCUUCUACCUAUAUUCCGAGUACGUAAAGAUUCCCAAAUUCAACAACUUGCUUUUAUUCUAA